AUGGAGAAGGCAGUUCUAAAGCUUUUCUUCGUAGCUGUGUUCAUGUUCAUUCCAUUACUAGGGCACAGUAGUAGUAGCACUGAAGAAAACCGAGAACUGGACCGAUGGUUUCAGAAGCUCGACUACUCCAAACCGAAGCUUACCCGAUUCCACUUCUACUUUCACGACACCGUUUCAGGCCCCGACCAAACAUCACUCCCAGUGGUUCCAUCACCCAAGAGCAUCAAGCCAUCCCUCACCUUGUUCGGACAAGUCAAUAUCUUUGAUAACCCCCUAACCAAGGAACCCGAAAUCACGUCCGAGCGCCUAGGCGUGGCUCAGGGGCUCUACAGUUUCGCGUCGCAAGAAGAAUAUAGUGUACUUUUGGCAAUGACCAUUGUCUUCACCAGCGGCACAAACAACGGUAGCAGUGUCACUAUUUUGGGGCGCAAUCCAGUGCUUCAACCCCGGCGAGAGUUUCCUAUCGUCGGCGGGACUGGCGAUUUCCGGUUGGCUCGUGGGUUUGCUACGGCCUCGAAUUAUGUUGCUAAUGCUAGCAUGGCUAUUGUAGAAUAUAAUGUCACGGUUUUACAUUACUGA